UACGUUUCUGUUUUCAGUCACGUUUUUCUGUUUGACACCACGUUCUCCAAUUUCAGCUUGAUUAAAGUUCUUUCAAUUAAAGUUAGUAAGUUUUAAUAAAAUUUCAUGUUUGAUAAAAAAGCAUGAUGAAAGAACAGAGCGCGGACUCUUUAUUUGAAGUGUUGUGUGGUACUUAUGAGGAAUACCUGCUUGGAUAUAAGCUAAUUAAAGAGGAGAAUGGUUACAAACUUGAGCAUUCGAUAGCCGACCAUUCGCACCUGGGGAGCGUCAGGUCAUUGGCGACUCACCAGAGGCACCUCGCUUCGGGAGGCUCAGAUGAGAACAUCUACCUGUACGAUUUGAAAGAAAGGCGAGAAGGUGGCCUCCUGAUGCAUCACUGCGGUAUGAUCACGACACUCAAGUUCACUCCCGAUGGUACUCACUUGAUGAGCGGGAGUGAAGACGGUGCGAUCGCCAUGGUCCGAGUCGGCAAUUGGAUCUUGGAAAAAAUCUGGACAAAGGCGCACAAAGGGAUGGCUGUACACAGCAUAAGCAUACACCCAAGUGGGAAAAUGGCGCUUUCAGUCGGAGCGGAUAAGACACUUAGGACAUGGAACCUCAUCAAAGGACGACCUGCUUACACCGUCAACUUGGCAAAUAAGUGCCUCCGGCCGGAAAUAAUUUCUUGGUCUUUCUGCGGAAAUUAUUUCGCUUUGGUCAAUCAAAACAGCCUCGUCAUUUACGAUGUAUCAAGCGCUGCUGUCCAAACGACCAUAACAAUCAAGGACAGAAUCACCUGUGUGGAAUUCCUUAAGGGAGAAAGAGUGUGCUUGGGUGACUGGGCGGGUAAUGUGACCUGCUAUGCGUUUUUAACGGGCGAGGAACAGUGGCAAAUCCCGCGUACAGACGAGGUUAGGGUUAAAACAAUAGGACACAUCAAUGACUGGCUCGUAGUGGCCAAUGGUCAAGGGAAGCUUAUGGUCUACGAUGUUAAAAAUAAACCGGACAAAUUAACUGAAAUCAACACCAUGUGCAGGAUAACGUGCAUGACAAUAUCACGAAUUGAUGAAAGCAAAAUGACGAUGAAGAAGAAGAAGAAAAAGAAGAACGACGAGGUCAAGGUCAAGUCAGAGGGCGACAUCCUUGUCACCUCGGGGCAGAAGUGGAUCGUGUCGAGUCUAAGCUGAGACCUCAACACCUCGGUAGGAU